CAGUCUGUCUCCCCGCCUCCUCCAUUCGUGUGUGUGCUGCAGUUGUUCGAUGGGGGAAUGUUUUUGCGCGGAACCUUGUCUGUCACCGCGCUGAGCUGAAAGGAGAGCGCAGCAGAGUGUGUGUGUGUUAUGCAGGCAUUCCUGUGUCCAGCUUCAGGUGAUUCAGUAGGAGCGUUUGCUGUGUGUGACAGCCACUAUUCUGCUGUUGGUCGUGUGUUUAGCUCGGUAAGCCAUCGAGGAGGAGCUGUCAUUGAGAGUUGUUUGCAUUUGACUGCUGCAGGAGACCGCCAGGAAGGGAGGGAGCAGGAAAGGGGGAGCGCUGGAACGAGUGAGAGGCAGCUGUUACCCUCCAUGUCCAUUGGUCUGUUCAUCUUCUCUAGAGAUGCUUGCUAGUGUUUAGCUGUGUGGCUGAUACAGCACAUGCCUGAGUCUGGCUGAAGUCAUACAAUGGCGGUACUGAAUGUUCUCUCUGGGUAGAGGAUGGACGGUGAGGUAGCUAGUCAGCGGGGCUCUAUGCUGCUGUGUGCUGAGCAUCAGACUGCGUUUGUGUGAGAGAGAGAGAGAAGAGAAGCAGCUGAAUUCCUCCACAGCAGAGAGGUUCGGAGCUCCUCGUGGCUUUGUUUAGGCUGCCUGGCGGGAGAGAAACAGUGGGCUGAUUUCAGUGUGUUCAGUCAGAGGCACAAUAAAUGUGAGCUGAGCUUGGCUGGUGGCAGUAUUAGUGCUAGAGGUAACUUAGUGUGACUGUGGACCGGACAGACACACACCCAUUCAUUCACACUUAGAGACAUGCAUACCAUUGACUGUGUGAAACCGAUAUUAGGGACUUUGUGUAUUUUCAGCCGUUACUGCACCAUUAGAGCAGUCAGUUAGGCAGACAGCUCUCCUUAUACCUCAGGCUGCCGUUACAUUACAGCAAUGUGCUUUGGGGACUGAUACUCAGAUUGCUUUAUGUAGCCAGCAGGCCAGUUGUGGAGCCUCCUCAUCUCUCUUACCUGGCUUAUGGUUGAGCCGGAGAGGUAUUCUAUCCUUAGAGUGCAGAAGGGAUUUAGCCCCUAAACUACUUGAGACUGUGAAUUCAGCAGGACUUUGGUAUACAGGAAUUGAGAUUUGGAUUGGAUCCGCUUGUGAAGGAAGAGCACGGCCAUUGAUUGGUCUCGUGGGGGGGGGUAUAGUAAAGACUCAGUGGUGCGUGAAAUUGGUUGAGGGAUAGUGUGUCAGACAGGGUGUGUGUGUGUCCAUUCUCACGCGUCAUGCUGUGCCCUGCAUCCUGCCUGCCUCUCCUGAGGGAGAUGGCUCAGUGGCGCUGCCUCCUGGGGUGGCACCGCCAUCACGGGGUCAGCACGGGGGUCACGACAGGGGCUGGGCUGGGGUCAGAAGUCAGGGUUGCGGUGGGGGGCACGACUCGACCCAUCUGCCGCACCAAUCCUCAACAGGGGAGCAAGUACGCAUCAGCCGGCUGCCUGUUGUCCCUCCACCACAGUGAGAAGCCUGAACACGAGGAAGUGUGUGAGUUCCGUCCCUACACAUGCCCGUGCCCCGGAGCUUCUUGUAAGUGGCAGGGCUCCCUGGAGGCCGUCAUGCCCCACCUGAUGCAUGCCCACAAGUCCAUCACCACCCUGCAGGGAGAGGACAUCGUCUUCCUGGCCACAGACAUCAACCUGCCGGGGGCUGUGGACUGGGUCAUGAUGCAGUCCUGCUUCGGCCACCACUUCAUGCUGGUCCUGGAGAAGCAGGAGAAGUACGAGGGCCACCAGCAGUUCUUCGCCGUGGUGCUGCUCAUCGGAACGAGGAAGCAGGCCGAGAACUUCGCCUACCGCCUGGAGCUCAACGGGAACCGGCGGCGCCUCACCUGGGAGGCCACGCCCCGCUCCAUCCACGACGGUGUGGCAGCUGCCAUCAUGAACAGCGACUGUUUGGUGUUUGACACGUCCAUCGCUCACCUGUUUGCUGACAACGGCAACCUGGGGAUCAACGUCACCAUCUCCAUGUGCUGAGCUGCUCAGAUGUGGAAACACACACACCCGUGCGUAGAAGUUACACACCUCUCAUUCUCAGACUUACUCACAAACCAGUAUACAGUUACUGACUGCUGUGUGAUGCAGUAGAGGUUUUGUGUGUGAGAGGACGGGUAGGAGAUCGAGAGGAUAUAUGUGUGUGUGUGUUGCUGCUUGAGGCUUGUUGGCUCCCCAUAAUGCUUGAAUGGAAACUGGCCUGUAGCGUAGUUUCAAGGUGUGUGCCUGUUCUCUCAUUGUGUGUGCUGGAGACAGUGUACAGUAGCUUACAUGUGGUGGGCUUGUAAUGAUUGAUUCCCUACCUGUGCCCAGGUGAGUUUGCCUUGCUCCCAGGACCCCACAUCCCUCAACUGCUCCCACCCCGCUCACCCCCACCACCUCUUCUGCCCAGCCAACCGGUGCCAGGCAAGGAGGGCACUGCCCAGGGUAAGAAGGGGCGGUCCGUCAAUCUGCUUCCACCCUGCAGAUUCAGAGAAGCUCCACUUCAACAGCCAGUGGCCCCUGCAGAUGCAGCUUUCUAAUCCUCACAGCGAAUCAAGUUUCAGUAAAUUGGACAGUGGACAAAUCGGGGCUUCAGAGACGCAUGUGGUCAGAGUCGGGGCCUGAUGGUGACCAAUGCGCUGCCUCCCAGUCUGGGUUAGUGUGAGCUGUGGGGUUGCUCAUGCUCUGCUAAAGGAUUACACAGACUACUAACCAACUCCUUACUGUUCAAAACAGUAAGAUGCAAAACGCAACCAUUUCCAUAAGUAUGUCAUGCUUAUUAAAACAAGCCUAGGUUAUGUCCAGAGUGUCUAUGAAAUGAAGAUGGUGACACUGUAACUGAGAGGUUGUGUGUAUAAUGAGUGUACAAAACAUUAGGAACACCUUCCUAGUAUUGAGUUGCACUCCCUUUUGCUCUCCGAGUAGCCUCAAUUUGUUGCGGCAUGGACUCUACAAGGUGUCGAAAGUAUUCCACAGGGAUGCUGGCCGAUGUUGACUCCAAUGCUUCCCACAGUUGUCAAGUUGGCUGGAUGUCCUUUGGGUGGUGGACCGUUCUUGAUGCAGACGGGAAACUGUUAAGCAUGAAAACCCCAGCGGUGUUGCAGUUCUUGACACACUCAGACCGGUGCGCCUGGCACCUACUACCAAACCCUGUUCAAAGACACUUAAGUAUUUUGUCUUGACCAUUCAUCCUCGGAAUGGCAUACAUAUACACAAUCCUUAUCUCAAUUGUCUCAAGACUUAAAAAUCAUUCGCUAACCCAUCUCUACACUGAUUUGAAGUGGAUUUAACAGGUAACAUCAAUAAUGGAUCAUAGAUUUCACCUGGUCAGUCUGUCAUGGAAAGAGCAGGUGUUCCUAAUGUUUUGUACACUCAGGCGAUUGAUCCUGAUUGUACGCAUAUCUGUCCAGCAUGUAGAAUAAAGAAAGAUUGGUCAUAGGCGCUCAUCAUAAAGGUUACAUAAUGGUAUGAAACCUGUCAUAACCACUGUUUGGUAAAACCCUAGUGCCUAGUUAUUCACAUGGAUUCUGUAUGACAAUACAAACAACAAAAGUAAAACAAACUUAAGUUGAAUAUUUACAUUCUCAAACAACAAAAGCAUGUUACUUCUCCAAAGUCACAAGUUCUGUUGUUUAUACCCUGACUGAUUGAAGGUUAGCUUGUUUGCUAACAAUGAAGUCCCACGCCUUUUUGUAUGGUCAUUUUUCAUUUAAAUCCCUGAAUGAAAGACCGGACCUUGGGACUGUAAGAUUCUAUCUUACAUUUUGGUCAAAAAUGAGUUAUUCAGAUAGUUACUCUUUUGGUGGUCCUUUACAUGUGAGAGAGGUCCAGUUUGUAAUGAAAAAAAAAAUGAAUAAAUUGUAAGUUCUAUUUGCGCAAACACCUUUUUAACUUUAAGGUUCUAUCUGCGAUCCAAUCACAAUGCUGGGUUGUCAUUCAAAAAUAAUUGCAUGUAAGGUGAUAUACUUAUUGAGUCAUAAAAGAGUAAGACAUCACAAAACAGUUCUGAGAUCUGGGACUUGAAAAAUACUCCAUAUAUAUUUUAACAUAUAACCAUAUAACAAUAUAUUUUUGCAGAUAGAACCUUCUAGUCCCAAGUUCUUGAUUAUUAUAUCAUAGGUUCUGGUCCUCUUUUUCAAUUCGAUUUUUUUUCUCACCACUUUUUCAGAACAAUGGCCAUAAUUUAAUGUAAAAACUAAUAAAUACAGGUGCAGUAGAGCAUAUUUUAGGCACUUAGGAGAGGCAUUACUGUUUUUGUCUUGUUCUAUAUCAAUACGAAAACCUCCAUGGAAGGGGUAUUUCACUGAAAUUAUAAACUUACCAGAUUUUAUUGAUUUAAUAGCAAGUAGUUUACUGACCUUGUGUCAGAGACCAGAACAUAAUCAGUUUACUCAUCCAGAGCUAAGCUUUAACAAUGUUACUAGUUCUCUGUAGGAUAGUGUAUUUGCCAUUUUGAGGAACGCUUUAACAAAUGUGAUGAAUGUUAAUUAAGAAAGAAUAAUUCACUACAAAACAGUUCUGAGAUGUGUGAGCUUUUAUGCUCAAUAUCUCAGAACUGCUGUGCGCAGAUAGUCCCAAGGUCUCGAGGUGUCAUGUCAUAUUUUAGAUAGCAUUAUGUUCACUUCAUGACACAAGUCAAGUCACAUUUUAUUGUGUGUGUGCGUUUGUGAAUACCUCAAUGUUUGCCUGAAGAUUAGGUUAUUGUCAAAGUUUGUAAAGCACUGAGAAGGUUCUGGAGCAACUACUACAGUACCACCACGGUUGGGAUUAUAUAUGCUGUGUUUUUCUCUGAAUACACUCCUUACCAACAGAGAACAGUAUGGAGGAGGCACGCAUUUGUAAAUACACACAUUUUCUUAUUUGUUCCUAUGUGUUACAAUUCUCUUAAUCGUUGAUCCUAGUUUACCUUCAGUUAUUUUAUGCUCUGAUAUACUGUAUUAUGGGGGUAGUUUUCCUCUUGUGUCAGUCAACCCACCACAGCCUUACUUUUGUACGUAUCCUAACUAGCAUGCCCUGCGUUGGGAGGGCAUCUCUGAGGACUAACUCUGACUCAGACCAACCCUUAGUGUCUUGAACAGACUCUCGGUUUGAGUGGACUUCGGGGCAAAAUCCUGUGACUAAGUGGGUAAAAAUGGGCAUCCCAUAGUAGUCUAGCCAUGUACCUUCGCCCUCGGCAUCAUAGUAACCGAACAAGUACCCACCUUUCCAUGAAAUACCUCUAAUGACGUCGACCACGGAUAUGUCUGUAAUCCAACAGUCCUCUCCUGCUCGCUCUCCUGAUGUCCUGCAUGGGUGGAGGGAUCCCGACUACUUGCCCACAAACCCCUGCAGUAUACCCAUAAACACCCUCUGCCAAUCACCUCUGCUCCACUGCUCUCGUCUUUCUUAAAAAUAUUUGAAAUAUGUAAAUAUUUUCUAAAAGAUGUAUGAGGAUAUUCUGUUAAUUUCAGCGCUAUUUAUGUGUUCACGGUUACUCAACUGUUGUACAGAGGUUUUGAGGUUAUUUUGAGCUGUUGAAACUUCCUGACAUUCUGCUCUAGUGGUCAGUGUCCCUGUUUUACCCACUGCCUGGACAGACAUUUCUGCCAAAACAGUCCUUUGGGAAGCACAGCUCUGCAAUCACUAUGGUUUAUCUGUAAUGUCAGCAAAAAAUGCUAACUGUGACGGUCAUAUUUUCCUAAGAUGGACUUUAAGCCUUUAAUGCUGCGUCAGUUAUCAUGAUCAGUUGCCAUGAGUCAUCGAGAACUGCAGUCUUUUAUUUAUUUUUACCUUUAUUUAAUCAGGGAGUCAUACUGAGACCAAUGUCUCAUUCACAGAUUAGCCCUGAUUUACAGAAAAUACACACAUAAAUGCAAGCAGAAAGAAAAACAUGGUCAUAAAAAACAAACGCAUACAUUCGUAAUGAUCUGUUUGGCAUUUCAUUCAUGUAUUGUUAAUGGGGCAAUAGGAGAUCAAAUCAGUUAAAAGAAAACUAAGGCAGAGACACUGUCCACAAAAUGAGAUUUCAGGAUUUCAUGGUGCAUUUGUUUCAACUUUGCAAAUUGAAAACACCUUUUAGGUCUACAUCACCAUUACCUGACAAAAACAUCUGUCAACAUUCAUAAGCAUUCUAUCAUCUAACUUAAAGUAACUGUCCAGGAAAAAUCUCACUUUUUAAAAGCUCAUCUGUUCACUCAUAGCCAAAUAAUGUUGUUGAUUCGUUCUAUACUUGUAAUUGUGGCCAAAGCAUACAUUUGAGGGAAAAAAACACUUCAAAAACAUAUAUCUGAAACAGACUGUUUAAAAAAUGCUUGCUAUUUCAUCAUAGAGGAGGAUGUCAGGUUUUUGGCUGAGAAGUCUCAUUGGCUGAGCUGGCCAAUCAGCAGUUUACUUGUCAUGAAUACUUUUAUUGACCGGUAAUACCCCCACAUCAUUCAAACACAGAAAAACAGAUUUUUAACAUAAUGUCCACCUUUUAGGAAGGGAAACUAUUUCAUUCAUAUUGUAAUUACUUAUAGAUCAUAGAAAUCUGGAAACACUGGACAGCAACUUUAAACAUACGAUGGCAGUUAGAAAUAUAGAAAUCCUUUGCAGGUACUGUCAUAUGAAAACCAAGUCUUAGAAAUGCUAAUGAAUACCUAGGCUGUCAUUACAGUGGGUAUCAUAAAUAUUCAUCCCCCUUGGAUGUAUUUACAAAGUGGGAUUGAAAUGGAUGUAAUUGUGAUUUUUUUGCUGUCAUUAUACUACAUGAAAUACUCAAUGUCGAAGUGAAAAUAAUUCUACAAAUGAAUAAACAUUUUAUAACUCAAAUAUAGUCGUUGCAUAAGUAUUCACCCCCUAAAUUAGUUCAGGAGUAAAUUUUGGCUUAACAAAUUACAAAAAUUACAUGGACUCACUCAGUGUGAAAUAAUAGAUUUGACAUACAUUUUUUAAUGGCUACACCUUCGUCUGUCCAUAUGACAUCUAUAAGGUUCCUCAGUCAAGUAUUGAAUUUCAAGCACAGAUUAAAUUACAAAGACCAGAGAGCCUCAUAAAAAGCCUCAUAAAGAAGGGCAGUGAUUGGUAGAUGAGUAACAAUAACAAAUCAAACAUUGAAUAUCUCUUUAAGCAUGGUCAAAUGAAUAAUUAUGCUGUGGAUGAUGUAUUAAACCACCCAGACACAACAGUUGUCGUUCUGAACUGAGCUGGAGGACAGGAAGGAAACUGCUCAGGGAUGUCACCAUGAGGCCAUUUGGGAUUUUAAAACUGCUACAGGAGAAUGGGAGGGUGACGGGAGAAAGCAACUGAGGAUGGAUCAACAACAUUCUAGUUACUCCACAAUAAUGACCUAAAUGACAAAGUGAAAAGAAGGCUAUAAAUAUACAGAAUAUUCCAAAACAUGCAUCCUGUGUGCAACAAAGCACUAAAGUUAUACUGCGAGAAAACACGGUAAAGGAAUACACUUUUUGGCCUAAUUGCAAAGCCUUAUGUUUGGGGCAAAUCCAACACAACACAUCACUGAGUAACUGCCUCCUUAUUUUCAAGUAUGGCAGCAUCAUGGUAUGGGUAAGCUUGACAUUGGCAAAAACUGGAAUAUUUCAGGAUAAAUCCUAGUGGAAAACAGUCUUCAGUUUGCUUUCCACAAGACACUGGGAGACAAAUGCACCUUUCAGCAGGGUAAUAAACUACAACACAAGGUCAAAUCGAUACUGAAGUUGCUUACCAAGAAGACCGUUAAUGUUCCUGAGUGACCAAGUGAAAGUUUGGACUUAAAUCUGCUUGAAAAUAUAUUGCAAGAUUUCAGAAUUGCUGUGUAGCUAUGACCCCCAACACCUUGACAGAGCUUGACACAUUUCCGAAAAGAAUAAUGGGCAAAUAUUGCACAAUCCAAGUGUGAAGAGCUCUUAGAGACUAACCCAAGAAGACUCACAGCUGUAAUCACUGCCCAAAAGUGUUUCUAGCAUGUAUUGACUCGGGGUGAAUACUUAUCUAAUUAAGGUACUGUAUAUUAUUUUUCAUUACAUUUUAAGAAAUGUAAAAAGUAAAAAUCUCACUUACGCAUUUCAGAGUAUGUUGUUGUAAUAUGGAGAGUAUGGAUUUGUAAUAUUUUGUCAACGAUCUGUUGACAAAAUAUUACAAAUCCAUUUUAAUCCCACUAAAGCAAUAAAAUGUGAAGACAUCCAAGGUGGUGAAAUACUUAUGAUAUCCACUGUACACUGAGUGUACAAUAUUCCUAUUAUUGAGUUGGACCCCCUUUUGCCCUCAGAACAGACUCAAUUUGUCGGGGUAUGGACUCUAUAAGGUGUCAAGGGUUCCACAGGGAUGCUGGCCCAUGUUGACUCUAAUGCUUCCCACAGUUGUGUCAAAUUGGCUGGAUGUCCUUUGGGUGGUGGACCAUUAUUUAUGCACGCAGGAAAUUGUUGAGUGAAAAACCCAGCAGCGUUGACACACUCAAACCAGUGCACCUGGCACCUACUACCAUACCUCAUUCAGAGGCAUUUUCAUCCACCUGUCAAUCCAUUAUAAUCAUUCUACAACCCUGAAAAAUACACACGUUCUUGACAUACCUCAGGGAAAUACAACCCAAGUGUUUUAGAUUCAGUACAUUCAUAGUAAACAUGUCAAAUACAUAUUUUGUACAGCAGGCCCAAUACUUCUCUCUUCCCGAGUCUUGCCAGAUCCUGUGAGGAUUCUAUAAUAAUUUCUUAUUUGUGAUAGAUACUCUUGGCAACUUCUUUUCAACUCUGGAUGGACUGCAUCAUCUGUGUCAGAUUGUGGAUUGAAAUGUGAUCAUUACAGUUUAUGAUCAGAGCUUAUUUUCUGUAUUUCUUUAAGUUUGUUUUUUGUAAACAGGAAAUGAUGGGGGUUGAUAGUAUCAGUGUUGUUAAUUGUAAUGGCAAAAUAUUUGUUCUGCUUGUGUGAUGUAUUCCUAUACAGUAGGAAACCUUUGAGGCUAUAUAGUGUGGAGGAGUUUAUAAACCAAGACAGAAGGUCAAUAUCUGGGUUGUCUCCCUGAACUUUAUUAUUAUUAUCUCUCAACAGAGAAUUGGUCAAAACCCAGUUAAAUAUGAUGCUUGCAUGAUAUUCAACUAUAUUGCAUCACAUAGUGCUAAAUUGCACCAACUUCCACGCUCCAAAACUCCCCUUUCAAUUGCAAUUAUGUCCCUAACUAAAAAAUAUAUACAUUUGGGACACCGCAAUGCUCUCCUCUCCUUUUCUUCCCAGCCUGGCUAAGUGUCUGCUCAUCUGGGGCCCAGGUCAUAGCAGAAAUUGAUCUCUGACCUCUAGCCCAGUCUGACCAGUGAAGCGCAGACAUGGAAUUCAUAAAAACUGUCUAGUACAUCACCACCUAGGCAACUAACAGAUAGCAUCAACUGGACUAGAGGAUAGCAUAGCAUUGAGGAUCUAUUCAUGCAGCCAGACAACGGUGGUGACUAAAAUCCCAGUGAUUAAGUGAGUGUGGCCUGUCUGUUGCCUGGCCCCCCACUGGGAGAGUUUAGAGAGGAUAAGGAACGGUUAACCCAGAGAGAGGGAGAUUAACUCAUAUCUGUCUACUAAGGACAAAAUGGUGGCUCGUCCUCAGUCUCUGUACCCCAGUUUGGUAUUUUCAUUGGAACCCUUGUGUGAUGAGAUUAAAAGAGCUGAUUACAUGUACUGUGUUUCAAAUGCCAACGAUCGACAGGCUCCUUCACACGCUUAACCUCUUGGUUGGAAUUAAAUUGUUUAUUUAAUGGCUGAUGAUCACAGGCACAAUAUGCUUUACCUCUUUUUCCCCUUUUCAAAGUUAAUUUAUUCAUGGAAUAUAUUUCUGUAGCAAUGCUUUGUUCUCUCUCGCUAGGUGAUUAACUAUGUUGAUGUGGCUUUUAAACAUAAUUUAGCGUGACGUUCAGUGAUACGGAUGAAUUACAGUUAAAAUCCUGUAAAGCAGGUAUGGGCUAGUGAUACCAUGUAAAUACUCUUUGUUUGAUUAGAAUUAUUCAUUUUCUAAUUUUGUUGGUUCUUCACUGAAUUAUAAGUUGUGUAAUGUUGUUUUGGACAGUCAAUGUUAUAUCUUUGGAGCCUAUUUCUCUCUUUCUUUUCACCCAAAAUUACCUAUAUUUUUGAAGCCAAGAGUAAGCUCCGAUCUUGCGUUAGGUGUCUAUCACUUGAAAUCUAAUUACAAAAAUAAAAAUGUUAUUUAUAUGGCA